GUCAAAUAGGAGUGGUUUGUGUUUCUAGGAGUCCAGUUCAAAUCUUGGGUUUUGUGUCAUCUAUUAUUGUGUAUCUGUUAUUGAUUGUAUUCACUGGUUGGGGCCCCGUUCCUUGGGAAUGGUACCCCCUUUCUUUCUCCUUCGAUCUUGCCUUCCUCUUUCUUUAACAUUGCAUCUUUAUUAUUUAGGGCCCCCAAAGGGGAUAAUAUUACGUUGCAGCUUCCCAUGGCGACCUCCGGAGAAGGCGGAAACCCCAGUGGCAGAGCGCCCCCUUGGCCCCUGGCACAGCUACAGGAGCUCGAGCCACGGGUGGCCCGCCGACGCCUGUCCCAGGCCCGCCACCGAGCCACCCUGGCAGGGCUGUUCAGCAGCCUCAGGAAAACGGUUUACUCCCAUUCCGACCUCACAGCCUCGAAGUGGCAGGUUUUGAAUAAGGCGAAGAACCACAUCCAGGAGCUGGAACAAACCUUGGAUAAUCUGCUGAAGCUGAAAGAGUCCUUCAACCUGGAGGAUGGGAAUGCAAAUAGCUUAGAGGAGGUCAAGGCAGAAUACGCCAGCAUGUACUCUGGCAACCCCAGCCUGGUCUCAAAUAAGGUUCUGCAGAAAGGUUCUGCCAUCUGGUGCCCAAUCCAGGCAGUCGGGAAGGAUGCUGAAGUGGAGGAAGAAGAGGAAGAGGAGGAGGAAGACCAAGAAGAGGAGGAAGAGGAGGAAGAGGAGGAAGAGGAAGAAGAGGAGGAGGUGGAAGAGAAGAAAGUGGAGCUCUUAAACUCCCCAGUCACCUUGCUGCCGGACCUCAUGGAAUUUGAACGGUAUCUCAACUUUUACAAGCAGACGAUGGACCUUCUGAUCGAGAGCGGGAUUGUCUCCUUACACGAGGUGACACUCCCCAUUGUCUCUGCUGCCAUCUCCCACCUGUGGCAGAACCUCUCUGAGGAGAGGAAGGCCAGUCUCCUGCAGGCCUGGGCACAGAGGCACAGCGACCUCCAGGGCCUUGGCGGGGCCUUUCAGGAGCCGGCCUGUGCCGACGGCAGCAUGAAGGACAGUGGGUUUGACAGCCAAGGAGCCAGCUGCUCGCUCGUCUCCACCCCGGAGGAGAUACUCUUUGAAGACGCCUUCGAUGUGGCCAGUUUCCUGGACAAAAACGAGGCUCCCAGUACCUCCAGCUCUAGUUCGGUGUUUGCCAGCCACAUCCCAGAAUAUCCGGAGGAGAAGUUUCAGCUCUACAUGCAGAUCAUCGAUUUUUUUAAAGGCCUUUGCUGUAUUAACCCUCAGUUAAAACAGGUAGGACGGAGCAGAGCACGAGGAGACCUCGUCUCACCUCCCUUAGGAUGGCGGGAAGGACCCUUGAGGCCUCCCCACCAGCGGGACCUCACCUCACACCUCCCCUCCCCUCACCCUGGGGGCAGACGUCCCUUCGUUCUCUCGGCCUGUCCCGUGGAUGGUCCACUUCGACUCCACUUCGUCCUGGGAGCUAACUGGAAACGCAGUUUCCUGAAGCCCCAGCACCCCAGAUUCUCGUUCACUGUUGCGAGGCGGGGCCCCAGGAACCUGAAUUUUGAACAAGCUGACCGGGUGGCUCUGGUGCGGGAGGCCCCUGGCCUCGGCUAUGCGGAACCAGACCAGCCCAUUGACGAUGAGCUGGUAAUGCUGAGGUGCCUGGAGACCUUUGACGAUGAAGAUCUGUGA